AAUACCCUGUCUAAGUUAAUUAUUUACAUAACCUUAAUUGGUAAAUAAUAUCAAUUAAUAACAGAGGUCUACUUCAACGAAACAUAUCACUGAAUUUCUCACUAAAGACACGAUAAUAUAAUAUGCUGUGUGGGGGACUCCUGUUUGAGAGCAUGAACGAUGACUGCUGACACAGAGAAGACAUCGGCCAAUAAGAACACAACCUGUCUGAUUUGUGAUGCAAGCGUUGGUGUCUCAACUAGGAAUAGCUGUCCAAUUUUCCACCAGAAUGUAACGACUUCUGAUAAGCCCAUUUUUAAAGUGAUCGGACUCGUGUUAGGAGUUGAAGUACAGGAAAAUCUUGUACACAGCGCAGUAGUGUGUAAAAAGUGUUUUAAACUAUUUAAUGAAAUUGAUGAGCUUCAAGAAAGAAUAUCAGAAAUACAAUUUGAGGUUAAGAGUAACUACAAUAAAACUAUAAGAAAGUAUGAUGGAUCUCUGCCACCAGAAGAAAAUACGGAGGAGCAAAAACCUACUGUAGUUACCUCAGACAGCAAAGCAAGGGUAAAACAAGGUCCUGGAAGGCCGAGAUUGAAGAAAAUACCAGAGUCUCCCAGUGAAAUUAAAUCUCCACAAUCAGGCUCUUAUGUAGAAAAUACUACAAAAACAGUCGGCGAUGAAGAAAUAACUAUUAUGUACUGUGAACAGAAGGAGAACAAAAGCGGGAAUGGAGUGGAGCGUAUGGUACAGGAUAAUGAUGACGAAGAUGAAGAUGACGAUGAAGAUGCAGCAGUGACCUUGGGAGAUCCUGAUGACGACGACUACAUUCCAGAGCUGGCCGAGCUGGGAAACCUGCAGGCAGAGUCUGGAGAUGUGCAGAUCAAGGUAGAAGUUAUGGAAGAGGAUGUUACAGACAAGGUUUUGGGUAAAAAAGGACUUGUCAGUCGGAAGAAGCAAUCUGUGAAAACUGAACUACCUGCAUUAAUACCAGCAAUGGUUGUCAGCAGAGACGCAGCUGUGUACACAUGUCUGGUUUGCUCGGCCGACGAGAAGUUCAUUGCUGAUGCCAAGGGUAUUACGCACCAUCUUAAGGAGUGCCACAACCUACGUCUGUACAUCUGCGACAUGUGCGGACAAGAGUUUUUCAAAAGAAGUGAACUGUCCGCUCAUUUGGACGAACAUGUGGCUAGUGAGGAGAGAGAUUUUCAGUGUGAAGUGUGUAACAGGAUAUUUUCUAAUUUAAGGCUGUAUAGAGUACAUAAACGGAUGCAUUAUCCUCAAGUGAAAAAUUGGACUUGUGACCAGUGCGGUAAAAGAUAUCUAUCUCGCAACAUGCUGGAAGAACACAUGAAUAUUCACACCGGUAACCGGCCGUACGUGUGCCAGCAGUGUGGUAAAAACUUCGCCUCCAAGUACACUUUCAAGGCUCACGAGAAGACCCACUUGGAGCGUCCACGACCGUUCUCCUGCAACAGUUGCACAAAGACAUUCCUCACCCAGGCUAAUCUCCACCAGCACGAGAAAACUCACAGUGCCGUCCGCAACUUCAUAUGUCAAAUAUGUGAAAAGGGAUUCAGUACAUCGAGAAACCUUGAAGUACACUCAGUUAUCCACACAGGAUAUAAAUCCUUUAUCUGCAGGAUGUGUGGUAAAGCGUUUGCCAGAAAAGCUGAAAUCCGUGACCACGAGAGGACACACACAGGAGAAAAGCCAUACCAGUGUGAAUUCUGCGGUGCGACCUUUAGCCAGAGGAGCAACCUUCAGUCUCACAAGCGUGCGACACACUACGAUGACAAGAGGUACAAGUGUAUGGAGUGUGGGAAGGGGUUCAAGCGGCGGAGAUUACUGGACUACCACAUGAAAGCAGCUCACACGGGCGAGCGGCCAUACAAGUGUGGAGUGUGUGCUGCCACCUUCAUAUACCCGGAGCAUUUCAAGAAACAUCGACGGAUACACACAGGCGAGAAGCCUUUCCUCUGUGAGGUAUGCGGCAAAGCAUUCAAUAGCAGAGAUAACCGAAAUGCUCAUCGAUUUGUUCAUAGUGACAAGAAACCGUAUGAGUGUCUGGUCUGUGGCAUGGGAUUCAUGCGUAAACCUCUUCUGUAUAAUCACAUGCAAACACAGGGGCACUUAAAUGACACGAUCGUGGUGAACCAACCUCGCCUGACAACCGACGAGGACAACAUACUGGUGGCUCAGACUGGUGGCGAGAACCUGGAGAUGGCUUUUGUUACCGACAGUGACGGUAACACCAAGCUCCUGCACGCUGAUGGCUCUGUGGUGCGUGAACUUGACCCAGGAAGCCAAGAUACAAAAAUGUACAUAGCAGAACUAAAGGAGCAUGUGAUACUGCACAAGGAAAGAGAAGACGGCAUAGUGGAAGGUGAUGAAAUUGUGGAGGGUGCGGAAUAUGAUGAAACUGUGCAGCAUCUUAUUAUAGACGGCCAAGUACACUUUGCCAACCCCGGAGGUAUAGAAGCGCUAGAAGAGGGAGGUGCGGAGAUGGAGUCCGUAGCUGAGAUCACCACACUGGAGGAAGGGGCGUGUCGCGCUCUGGUCGUGCCCAACGCCAGACACUACUCGGAGCAGACAGCUGCUGUACAGACAGACGCCGGGACUGUGCAGCUGGUACAGAUCCGGAUACCAACAGAUACAGACGGGCAGACUUGGAUCAAUAUCCUGCAGCCUUCUGAUCAGUAAUUGUACUAUAAGUGAUCAUUAUCUGUAAAUUUUGUAUUAGAUUGUAGUGAUCCAACAGACAAUUAAUAUUCUUUUAAAGUAUGUAGCACAUGUUCAAUGAUAUUUAUUUUAAGUUAUAUUUUUUAUUGAAUGAAAAUGUUAUACUACAUAUUAAGAUGAGAAGAGAGAUAAAAUCUGAUGUUACAGAAUACAGAAGUACAGUGAACACCCUUUAUUUCUGAUGAAUUUUAAAGAUAAAAUAAUUGAAAAUAUUCAUUAUAAGUGGUAAUUAAUAUCAGGAAAAUGCUGUUUACCAAUCUUUUUUAUUUAUGGAAGAUAUUUUCCAUAUGUAAUAUAAAUCUUAGUAAAUAUAAUAAGAUUGUUUUGAUUAUUUUCCAUUGUUGACAUUGUAGAGAUAAGUUGCAAAUAUUCAAACACUGGAAAGCUAAUAGUAUUGCAAGCAAUGGCGAGCAGCUGAAAAAAAAGAAGAUUUUGGGAAGCAUUGGGGCAUGAUUGGAUUUUUAUUGGUACAUCCAAGUUGGUUUUUGUAAGAUUAUUUUGUAACAUAUCAGCAGUGGUCAUUUAAUUUUCUAUUGUGAUGAUCCAUACAAUAAAAUUUGUGAGUUUUAGUGGAAAUGUGUUUUUGGAGACCACCAGUUCAAGAAAUAGUUUAUACAAAAAUGCCCAUCAUGUUUGAGUAUGUAAGCAUCUGUUGUAAUCAAAGAAAUGGACUGUUUUUAAGGGCUGAUAAAAUUUGGCAUGCAGGUUUAAUUGCAGAGUUCUCAGUUUUCCUUUUUCAUUGCUAAAACUUUUUCUUUAUGUGGAAACACGCUCUUAUUAAAAACCCCAUAAAUUAAUAAAACUGCUCUAACCAUGUUAGUUAAAUUUGUUUUCAUAUACCCAAUACAUGCUGUAAAAAACUUAAGAAAGAGUUUUAGAUAUAUCUGUUAAAAUUCUGAAUGUAGUAUUAGUAAAAUUUUAUUGAACUUAGGAUAGAGCCCAAGUGGUUUUGAUGAAGUUCUGAAAGCAAAACCUAAUUUAUAAUAAAUACAGUAUACUCCUUCUUAACCUUGGCACUGACCAUAAUUAUUUCCCAAAAUGCUAGCUCAUUUCUGCGAUUUUGUAAGGGAUUCUUAUUUUAGUAACUGUUCAUCUAUUUUGAAGAUGCAGACAUUUUAAAAAUAUCAGUUUAUCUUUAGAAAGACAUGUAAUUUACAUAGAAAUAUUGAAUCAUUUGAACUUUACCUUUAAAAAUAAAAGGACUAAUAUAAAAAAUGUGCAAUGAAUAAAUUUUUCUCUAAAGUAUACCACCCUUGCAGGCAAUUUGAAAGCAAUGUGAAUUUUUGUAUAUACCUAACUCACAAAUUAUAAAAAAAAUACUUGAGGAAAAAGUUUGGUGAUACUUUUGAAUAAUAUAUCUAUAACAACUCUAAAUUUGCAAAAAAUCAGAUUGCAUUACCUUGUAUGUAAUUAUGAUAGUUUGGAUUUUAUUGGAUGAACUAUUUUUUUUUUCUUCUUAAAAAAUGUAUAGAAGAUUAUGUUCUAUAAGAUUUAUUACGGUAAUAUUUUAAAAAUGUUUACAAAAAUAAAAAUUGUGAAAUAAAAGCUUAAAGUCUUUUAGAAAAUCUUUGCUUUUAUCCAAAAAUGAUGUAUAGACCUAUAGAAAGUACAUUUAAAUAUAAGUUUAAAAAAAAUGUACAACAAUGUAUUUUUAUUUCUAUUACACUAUGUAAACUCUCGACAGGGAACUUUGAUGAAUAUACAGUAGUUUUUUAGUGUUCAAUAAUUACGAGAACAAAUCUCAAUUGGAAAUGUAAACGUCCAAUUUACAGUAAAUAUUUUCUAAUGAAACAUAAGUAUAAGUAGACUUACUAUGAGAGAUCAUAUUACAACAUAGUUAAUGUUUAGAAAAUAGUUUAGUGGCAUUUGAGAAUGUAGUUAAUGCUUCGAUAAUUGCUUAAAGCCAGUUGCAGGGUUAAAAAAAAUUUUAACAGCUUUGAACACAAUAUCAUGAUACAUAUAAAAAACCAUAGUCUAAAACCAGACCCAAAAAAAAAGAUCCAGAAUGAGAAAAAGUUGCUAGCGAUUUUGGUUUAAUGUUCACAUUCAUCACUGAAUGGAAAAAACUAUUUCUGCAAAAAAUACUCCUUAAAAAAAUAUGUUAUUUUCUUUUCACAUGCAAUUGAGACCAAAAACUCAAACUAGACCUCCACAGCUCUCUAUUAUUGUGGGUACAUGCAACAUCCUGUAAUAGGAAGAAAUUUGUGUAGAAUUAGGGCACUAUUCUUCAUUAAAAGAAUCCAUAGAGCCUGAUUUUAGUUUAUAUUUGUUCUGCUGAUUUAAUGUAGUCCAUUGUUAAACUGUUAAACUUUAAGAGCCUUAAAAGGAUUAAUUGCAUAUAUAUUAGUCCUGUUACCUAUUCCAAAAAUUAAAAAAACAAACGUCUAAAGGGAAUUUAUGCAUUAUGUAUUGCAUACGGAACAAUAUUAAAUCAUAUAAUAGGUUAUGUACUUAGAUUGUAUUUUUGGUCCAUGUAACUUAAAACUUUGUUAUAGUUUCGACACACAUUGUGAAAUAUGAUAAUUUUGUCAACUGGUAACUAUCAAUUGGUCUAUGUAACUUGAAACUUUGUUAUAGUUUCGACACACAUUGUGAAAUAUGGUAAUUUUAUCAACUGGUAACCAUCAAUUGGUCCAUGUAACUUGAAACUUUGUUAUAGUUUCGACACACAUUGUGAAAUUUGAUAAUUUUGUCAACUGGUAACCAUCCAGGUGUCCAUAGUUGCAUUUUGUGAUGACUCAACCUUUUAUUUAUUGGGUACAAUCGACUCUCACUGGUAAAUACAAUUUUACCAGUGCUAUUAUCAAUCAAAAUGGCUCAUUUCAAUCAAAAGUUUGUUAGUUAUUGAUGGAAUUCUGGUGACAUAUGAUUCAUUCCACUGUCCGAAAAGCUGACUGGACCUAACUUCCACAGAAAACAGUCCCCUGCUAUUUUGGCAGCCAUGCCAUGAGCAUAUUCUUGAUGGCAUCUUGGCCAGAUCAGACAUCCACUGAAGAUUAGUCAUUGAACUCGAUCUUGGCUAUGUCGAAAUGGUUUCAUGCAAAAUUUCAAAGCCUGUAGCUCAACUCUUUUUCAAGAUAUCCUGUGAAGACUGACGGAUAAAGAUACAUUUUGCCAGCCCCGAGUGAUCAACUUCGCUGACCCUCAUAAAAUAAUGAUGGGGCAGUCAUAACGUUAACUGGCUGAAAUACAGUGUUGUUACAGUGAUUGAUGACAAUGUUUAUUAAAUUUAUUAUUAUAUUAAUUAUAUACGUUUCAAAAAAUUUCCUUUUUUUUAUUUGGUGUGAAGAUAACACUAUGAUCUGAAAUGAAAGCAUUUACAUUUAUUUACAUGAACUAAAUAGGCAGAUUAUGUAAAUCUAUUAUAUUGAGAGAAUUAAUACUUAUUAAAAUAAUUGACAUCAAUGUGACUUGUGACAUCUUACUAUAUCAUACAAGAAAAGAUUAAUAUAAAGCAGGUGAUAAAUUAAUAUUCAGCAAUAUUUUAACAACAUUAUUCUUAACUUCUACCAAAACAAGAACAAAGUGAUUUAGUUAAGUUGAACUAAGAGGAAGAGUCAAGACGAGCCAUAACAAGAAUUCUGCAUAUUUUUGAUAAUAAUUGUUCCAACUUGUACCAAGACAAGAGCAGAGCUCUUUAGCUAUGUUGAACUAAGAAGAAGUGUCAAGAUGAGCCAGAUCUAGAGUUCAGGAUAUUUUUUUAUAAUAAAUGUACUCAAAUUGUACCAAGUCAAGAGUAGAGAGACCUCUUUGGCUAAGUUUAACUAAGAUGAAGAGUCAAGAUGAGCCUGAACUAAUAUGCAAUUAUGAGCUUUGUGUGAAUAUAGUUUGAUACCAUUCACAUUGAGAGCUGAAUGAAACACAAAUUCCUCCAACAGCAAAUUCAACAAAAUCUUCAGCAUUAAUGACUAUAUUAGAGUGUUAAAAUUCAUUCAGAACUUGCUCACUCCUGGUUUUUUUUAGUUUUUUAGAAAAAUGAUCUCCUUCUCACCCUAAUUCUGCCUACCCCACGAGCUACUAUCUUAUCAAAAGACAAGGGUUGAUACGAUAUAGACAAGACAAGUCAACGGUCAAUAUUCUUUAUUUUCAUAGUUAUUAAGAACAGAGUUAGCGUCAAUACAUUAUUUACAAUUAUAAGUUAAAACCUGAGGACCGAGAUUCUUGAAUUAUGAUACCAUGUAAAUCCUGGGCUGCCAAAUUAAAGUCAUUGUCAUGUUUUUUAUUUGACGAUUAUGGAUAUCACUUCCUCAAAGAUUUCCUGGAUGUUGCUGAUACAGUCAAAAACAGAGUUUGAUCCCAAUCAAUAAAUAAGUAAAAAUUAAAUCUGAAUAAAUCUCUAGUUUAGGAUAAAAAUGUUUACAAGCACUUAUUGGUUCAUUGAACAUCAUGUACAACAUCAGCCAUAAACUGGGAAUAACUGUAUUCUGUCAUUCUAGCAUUCUUUAUCAGAGGUCUGGCAGAUGUUCUCUUGUUUUAUUUCAAGCGAGUAAUGAGACAAAUGAGAUUGGCAAGUAAUGAUUGGCUGGUUCAAUAUAGUUACUUACUGCGCAUCUCUGCUUGACUAUAUUGUGGAGUUACACAAAUUAGCAAAUAGUUUUUUGACUGAAAAUCAGUCUAUAUAAUAAAUGUUUUGUAUACAACAAUUUUUUUGUAAGGUAAGUAGGCUCAAAGGAACUGUACAUUUUUUAUAAAAUAGGUCAUUGGUUAUAAAUGGAGUUCACUGUAUUUAUAAAAUUGACUACUUUUUGGUAAGAACUCAUUAUUAUUACUGUUUAAAGUAGUGUUACUUUAAAGUUAAACUAAUUUAAUUUUUACACAUUAUGUUAUACAGUUCUGUAUAAUUUUAAUACCUUAGAAAUUAAAGCAUAAUUUAUGUACAGAGAGUGUCAAUGAGUUGGCAGUGUAAAGUACAAUAUACAUAUUAAUAAAGCAAGAA